AAAUUACUCCAUUUCUCGUUCUCGCGAUUUAGCAAUACUGAUAUGUAAACACUUUAAAAAAUGUUAUUGUGAUAGAAUAUCCUUCUUCAGACUCGAUACAUAGUUAAAUAAUUCUUUAGUAUUUUAAAUAUUUUAUUAUUCAUAAAGUGCUUGGCAACAUCACAUUCCACUUGACAGAGUUUGCAGUUGAGGACAGCUUUAAAAUGACUUCAUAUAGGGCAGCUGAUUCCAAGAGGGAAGAAUUUCGGAGAUACCUUGAAAAGGCUGGAGUCAUGGAUGCAUUAACUAAAGUUCUUGUUGGGCUCUAUGAGGAACCCGAAAAACCAAACAAUGCCCUGGAUUUCCUAAGGCAACACCUAGGAGCUUCUGGUCCAGAAACAGCAGAUGUGGAGGCAUUAAAACUUGAAGUGACAGAGCUCAGACAGAAAUGUGAGCAACUUCAAGAGGAGAAUACUGAAUUAAGAGCUAAGGUGCAACAGUAUGAGCCAGCUGCUGAGCAAGAAGUUCCUGAGAACUAAAGCUAUUCAUUCCAUUUUUGACAAAAUGUACCACAGUUACCUGUUUUACUUUUGCAUUAUUUAGUUUCUCUUGGACAAUGAUAUUACUCUGAUCAAAUUUAUAAUUUCUUAUUGAAAUCAACAGGCAUAGAUUCCAAUAUUUCUUUGUCAUUAUUUGUCCAAAAGAUUAUAUAAAAUGAAAAAUUAAACUCAGGAUUUUCUUCGGUGGGUUUGGUAAAUGCCUGUAGACAUUAAUCCUCAUACACAUUUUCCUACAUGAAGAAUACAUUCACAUCAGCAUUUUAUUUUAGGGUAAUUUUUGUUUUUGUUGCAAAAGCACUAAUGCAAAAAUGUUCCCUUCUGGUGGUGGAGUUGGGAUAAUGUCACAUUGCACAUGAAGGGGACAAUUUUUGUUGGGUGGUUUUGUGUUUUUCUCCUCUUUUUUAUUUUUAAAUGUGGAUUUGUAGAUUUUUUUUCUUUUGCACAGGAGAUGCUGGAUAUAUCAAAGUGCUUUGAUUAUAUUUUGUCUUUUUGUUGUGUUUUAUUGUACAUACCACUUGAUUUGUGGACAAUUUUAUAUGAAGAUUGAAGCAAUUUGCUGUCAUCAGACACUGAGUAACCUUGCAAGAAAUAAAAUUUAUCAUGUUA